GGAUGCUGUAGCUAAUAUAUAAAACGCACACAGUUAUUUAAUCCAGUUUGUAAAGCAAGAAUAAAUAUUGUUUUAAACUACUACUUGAGAAUACUAAAAUGGUGAUGAAAUUGGCCUUGGUGUUUUUGCUCAUGGGUUAUUAUCGGAGCUCAGCCAAUGCUUUUUCUCAAGAUGGAGCAGAGUAUGACCCAUUUGUGGAGGGAUUGUUAUUGGAUGAUGUGUCCCCCAAUCUUGCUUCCCAAUCAUCAAAUAAUUCUCAGAUUUUACCAAAAUCUGUCCGGCAGAGUCUGAGCGGAAGUCACCGGCCUCACAGUUUAUCAAACUACCUGAGGCUACCCGAAUCAGUAGCUAUUUCUGCUUCUGAAGACCUAACAUACCUCUUUAAGCCUGAAAGGAAUGCAAGGCCGCUGCCUAAUUGGGUCAAGAACAUCCUGCUGGUCACUGCACCUCCUAUCACAGCUCCGACUCGCAGCCACUGGAUAGAGAUUAUGUGUCACAUUGACCGGAUGGCUGUGAGAAUCAGAAAGCGUGUCUUCACCAACCCCAAAGCCUGGAAGUACAUCAAACUCAAGAGCUGCCCGGUUAACCAAGCUGUCACUGACGCUGAGCACUACAAAUUUGAUUUUUACCUCAGUGGUUGUGGCAUGGAGCUAGAGAGCACACCCGAUCGUGUUUACUACUCCACUGUCUUAAAAUAUGAGCCAAAAGUCACUGGCAGUAUCAUAAGGGAGUUGCCAUUCUCUGUCCCCCUCGAAUGCAGCUACAACCGCUUCCAUCGCUCCUACAAGGUUGGUUUUCAGCCUCGUUUGCAUGGAAGAACACUCUUCAGGGCCUUCAAAGCAAAUGUCGGAGUCACAAUCACACCUCAUGACAGCUUCUGGAAUGAGCUACCUGCAGGUUCAACCUAUCCCCUGGGAAAACCCAUGUACUUUGAGGUCAAAGUCCCCACCAGUUCUAAAGAUCAAAUGGUGUAUGUCAACAGCUGUUUCAUGACCGCCGUCCCUGACGCUAGGGCUACUCCCAAAUACACUGUGAUCGACAACUACGGUUGCAUGGUGGACGGCCUUAAAACAGACCAGUCGAAGUUCCUCUCACGGCCCAGCAGGACGUCUCUGAGGUUCACUGUCGGAGCCUUCGUCUUCAAGGAAAUAGUCUAUCAGAGACACAAUACAGACAUGACGAAACUCUACAUGCAUUGUGAGAUCACGAUGGGCAGCGUGAGGCCAACUCCAAGUGCCAAGUCCUGCAACUACGACACGGAGACAGAAAUGUGGCAGGAGCUGCAUGGGGGCACCUCCGUCUGUACCUGCUGUGAUGGCCAGUGUCCCUACCCAGAAUCAGCUCACAGGAACAUGUUGACCAGUCAUUUUUGGUCGAUGGGGAGCAGUGGUUAUGAUGACUAACGUAGAUGUUUCCAGCUAAUGAUGAGAACUCAUUUAGGACAAUGCUGUUGUGAGGAAGGAUUAAAUGACCAGUGGACCACAUCAAAUAAAGUUAAA